GUUAACACGCCCACGGAUCCUGGACCCGGAGACCGGCCGGGACACGGGAGGCCCGGAGGGAAGUGAGCCCGUGUUGUGCGUGGGGUGGGGGGACGCCGCGGGUAAAGCGGUUUCCCGAGCGGGGGGAGUUCUGGGUAAGGGACGCGGCCAUUCCGCUGGGGUCAAGCGCUCGGCCCUCAAUUCACGAAACUGCGGCCAGUAAGUGCUCCGGAGUCUGAUAGUCAAGUUGACGGAAGUAUCGGCAGAAGUUCCGGCCGUGCCCGAAAAGAAAGGAUUCUUUUUGCUAGGUAUUAGUAAUGGAGGAUGCACAAAUGGGGAAAUCAAACCAAAGACCGGAGGAGGGUCUGUCAGAAUCACUCAGUCCGUCGCAAUCCGAGUGCAGCACCGAAGCAAAAAGCGCAGUUCACAGCGGGGAGAACUGGUUCCUGUGCUCAGAGUGUGGACAAGGCUUCAGCCGGGCGUCCGAGUUGCUGAAACAUCAGCGGAGGCACACCGGCGAAAAGCUGUGGAAGUGUGGAGACUGUGGGAAGGGAUUCAAUUACCUCACCCAGCUGGGAAUUCAUCGCCGCAGCCACUCCAGGGAGAGGCUGUUCACCUGCACCACGUGCGGAGAGGGCUUCCCUCUGCCGUUAGAGCUACAGAAACACCAGCAGCUUCACAGCAGGGAGAAGCCCGUCAACUGCCCCGUGUGCGGGAAAGGAUUCACCCGCUCUUCCUCCCUGCUGACGCACGAGCGGGUUCACACCGGCGAGAGGCCGUUCACCUGCUCCGAGUGUGGGAAGGGGUUCAGCCGCUCAUCCUCCCUCCUGAUCCACCAGCGGAUUCACACCGGGGAAAAGCCGUUCGCCUGCUCUGACUGCGGGAAGGAGUUCAGCCAGUCGACCAAUCUGCGGAAGCACCGGCGGGUCCACACGGGGGAGAGGCCGUUCGCCUGCUCCGAGUGCGGGAAGGAAUUCGGCCAGUCGACUAACCUGAGGAAGCACCUGAAAGUCCACACGGGGGAGAAGCCGUUUGCCUGCUCCGAGUGUGGGAAGCGAUUCACUCGCUCCUCGUCGCUGCUGACGCAUCAGCGAGUUCACACCGGAGAGAGGCCGUACAUCUGUCCCGAGUGCGGGAAGGGGUUCAGCCAUUCCUCUAACCUGCGGACACACCGGCGGAUUCACAAGUGACUUCUUGUUGUUCCUGAUAAUCAGACCCCAGGUUGGAUCAUUUCAUUGUGUAGGGUUUAAUGCCAAAUAAAUCCCCUUCAUCCCAA